AUGAGCUAUACAAAUCUGUCUGUGGGCUCUGGAAGUAGAACAGCUAGAAGGACAUUUGAGUUUGGGAGGACAUAUGUGGUGAGGCCUAGAGGGAAACAUCAGGCAACAAUAGUUUGGCUGCAUGGCCUUGGCGAUAACGGCUCGAGCUGCUCACAACUUUUGGAAAGUCUUCCCCUUCCAAAUGUAAAAUGGAUAUGUCCUACUGCUCCUAGUCGCCCAGUGGCAAUGCUUGGUGGAUUUCCUUGCAAUGCAUGGUUUGAUGUGGGAGAGCUUUCUGAAAAUGGUCCCGAUGAUUUGGAAGGUUUAGAUGCUUCAGCAGCACAUAUUGCAAACUUAUUAUCUACAGAGCCUUCUGAUGUUAAGCUCGGAAUUGGAGGCUUCAGCAUGGGUGCUGCAAUAGCCCUCUAUUCUGCGACUUGCUUUGCUCAUGGAAAAUAUGGAAAUGGCAAUCCUUACCCUGUUAACUUAAGGGCUGUUGUUGGUCUUAGCGGGUGGCUUCCUGGUGCUAGCAAUGUGAGAAACAGGGUCGAAGGAUCGCAUGAGGCUGCAAGGCGUGCCGCAUCUCUUCCCAUUUUGCUCUGUCAUGGACUUUGUGAUGAAGUGGUCCCUCAUACACACGGAGAGAAGUCCUUCAACACCUUGAGCUUAGCCGGAUUUCGUAACGUAGUGUUUAAACCAUAUGAUGGGCUUGGUCAUUAUACCGUGCCUAAUGAGAUGGACGAGGUCUGCAAUUGGCUGAAUACGAGUCUCUCGAUAUAUAUUGACGUUUGCCUCUCUUUCCAUUUUGCUCCAGCUCUCACUCUUGGAAAAAUUCUCUUCACCUACGCAAUCUUCCAAUUCAAAAUCUCUUGCUCCGCUUCCACUGAAACGGAUCGGAUCUCAGUCUUGGCGCGUUGA